GGAACAGUGGUGGGUGAAACACACUCGUCGUUUCUCGUACACCAGAAGAAUAUUGCAAAUUCUGUGACUUCUGAAGAGUUUGCUGACCAUGACAACGUUGGAUUUCGACUGAUAAGGCCCAUAAACACAGUUCGAGGUUUCCGGGAUUUUCCCUUGGUACCAUCACAUGCCAAAGAAAUAGAGAAAAAUAUGAUUGGACAACAGUGUAAUUUGUCGCGCGGAAAUUGCGUGGAAGAUGUGGACAAAAUGACGAAUCGAAAGGUGACGCUGCUACGCCUGUGACCGCCGCCGGAUAGCAUGCGCUGUGCGCCCAGGACGCCGCCGCGACCACGCUCCACCCGGCCGCCCAGCUAGCACCCGAGACUCGAGCUCCAGCGCCGCAGUGCCUUGUUCCCCGGGGGGAGGGGACGGGGUGUCGGGGGGGAUGUGUCUGUAGCGGCACAAACGGACGCCUGUGGCGAGUGCUCGUGUGAGCGAUGGACGACGGCGAGGACUACUUGGGGGCUCCGAGCUCGGGACCCGAGGUCAAGGGUCAGCAGGCGAUGGGAGGAGGCUGCGUCUUCAACAAGGCGGCGCCGGAGGUGGUGACCAAGGCGACGGCCGGAGGUAGCAGCGAACUGGGCGACAUGACCUUCUGCAUGGCCAACUACGUCAAGGACGCCAUGAAGAUGAUGUGUAUGAUGAGGAGUAAUCGAAUGCUAACUGAUGUGGUACUGGAGGUUGGCUCAGAACUCUUCCAUGCACACAAAGUUGUUCUUGCUGCUGCUAGUCCAUACUUUAAGGCAAUGUUCACAGGAGGUUUGAAAGAAUGUGAAAUGUCUAGAGUGAAGUUACAAGGUGUAUGCCCCACUGCAAUGGCUCGUCUCAUGUACUUCAUGUAUACUGGUCAGAUACGUGUCACUGAAGUUACUGUAUGUCAACUUUUACCUGCUGCAACUAUGUUUCAGGUGACUAAUGUGAUAGAUGCUUGCUGUUUGUUUCUUGAGCGACAGUUAGAUCCCAGCAAUGCAAUAGGCAUUGCUAAAUUUGCUGAGCAACAUGGCUGUAAAGAUUUAUGCCAAAAGGCAAAUCAGUUCAUUGUACAACAUUUCACCCAGGUCUGCCAAGAGGAAGAAUUUCUUCAGUUGUCAGCCAUACAGUUGGUUGCACUGAUCAAGAAAGAUGAGCUUAAUGUAACGGAAGAAAGAGAAGUGUACAAUGCUGUUUUGAAAUGGGUGAAAUAUGAUGAAGAAAACAGGUUCCCAAAAAUGGAACACAUUCUUCAUGCUGUAAGGUGCCAGUUUCUUACACCAAGCUUCUUACAUGAGCAGAUGAAGAACUGUGAUGUUCUAAAGAAAUUACCUGCUUGCAGAGAAUAUCUUGCACAAAUUUUUAAGGAUCUAACUCUGCAUAAACGGCCAUGUGUGAAGGAACGAACACCAAAUACUCCAAGAGUUAUUUAUAUUGCUGGAGGCUAUUUUCGAAAUUCACUUGAUGUAAUGGAAGCAUAUAAUGUGGAUGACCGUACAUGGACAAAACUUGCUAGCUUAACUGUUCCACGAUCUGGUUUGGGAGGCGCUUUUCUAAAGGGAAUGUUCUAUGCUGUGGGAGGCCGCCACAACUCUCCAGACUCUAGAUAUGACUCAGACUGGGUGGACAGGUAUAAUCCUGCUAAAGAUGUAUGGAGACCUUGCAGCCCCAUGUCUGUUCCGAGAAACCGUGUUGGUGUGGCUGUUAUGGAUGGUUAUCUGUAUGCAGUUGGAGGUUCAGCAGGCUCAGAGUAUCACAACAGUGUUGAAAGGUUUGACCCUGAUGAAGACACAUGGACAAAUGUGAAGCCAAUGCAUGUGAAACGAUUAGGAGUUGCUGUAGCUGUUGUCAACAGGUUACUCUAUGCUAUAGGAGGUUAUGAUGGCAAAGCCAGGCAGAGUAGUGUUGAAUGUUAUCAUCCAGAGAAUGAUGAAUGGACUAUGGUGGCACCUCUUAAUGUCAGUCGCAGUGGUGCAGGUGUGGCUGCACUCAACCAGUACAUUUAUGUUGUGGGAGGUUAUGAUGGACAGCGACAGGUAAAUUCAGUAGAACGCUAUGACACAGAACGUGAUAUCUGGCAAUUUGUUGCAAGUAUAAGAAUUGCUCGCUCUGCUCUAAGUGUCACUGCUUUGGAUGGAAAACUAUAUGCUAUGGGUGGCUAUGAUGGCACAGCAUUCCUAAAUAUUGUGGAGGUGUAUGACCCUACAAGAGAUGUGUGGGAGGAAGGACAACCACUUACAAGUGGCAGAUCAGGCCAUGCAUGUGCAGUAUCAUAUCCACAAUGCCUCAUACACUGUGAGCACAUGGACCAACCUCUUACACUUAUGGACACACCAACUCCAACACCAGGGACCAGUGGUGCAAAUAUAUAACCAUGUGCAGUUUUUAGGAUUUUUGGAAAGUGUUAAGUGCUUGCUUGAAACAGUGGUUCUCAGCAGAAUGGUCUGAAUUGUCAUAACCCUGACCACAAAUAACUCUGAAAACAGUUUAACUUUUUGUGGGGGACAGUUUUACAAAACAUAACACUGUGUGUGUGGACAAGCAUCAAUAUGUUAUUGCUUGUGACUCAUGCCAGAUGAGUAACUUCUCAAAGUUCACUCUGAAGAAGCGAGAUGUAUUAGAAUGUAAUGAAUCAGACAGAAGUGAUAGUGUAUAAAUAUUGUGCUGUGAAUUUUGUAGUUAACUAAAAUUGUGAAUGAUAAUGUUUUGUGGUGUUGGAAAUAUGUUUUAUGGUGCUUGCAUCAAUUGUAGACAUGCAACUAAUGACAAUUUUAAUAACAUGGGAAGGCUUUACAGUGAGGAGAACUUCGUGUCUCUUGUUGUUCCCCAGAUUUAAAACACUCAUCUUUCUCUUUAACAGUUGUAAAAGACACCAGAACCAGGACAAUCAAAAGAAUAGUGCCAUGAAAUCGAAUAACAUUUCUGGCAAAAUUUUUACUUCCUUCCACAUAUGUUUGCUGUGAGAUACAAUACGCAGUCUUGUAAGUAUAAUCAUCUGAAGAGUCUGUGAGAUCCUAGCAGUUUUGAGAAUAAUGACUUUGUUGCACCUGUAUCCUGACAUUGAAUUGAUAUUUUAAUUAAUUUUAUCUGCCACUUAAAAAUUUUGUUAUGCAUAACUGCAGCAGAAGAUCUUUUUUGUCAAAAAAUAGCUAUUACUGACUUCUGCUGCAGCAAAGUUUUUUUGGAGAGCUGAGAACUUUGUUAUAGGUUAAUAUCAUCUUUAAGUAAAUAUAAAAGCAUACCACCAGUGUGGUAUGGUGAUUCCUAAAAGACUGAAUUGUUAUUGUUGUUGUUAUAAUUAUUGUUAUUAAUAUUAUUAUUAUUAUUAUUAUUAUUAUUAUCAUCUGUUUUAGAUGUAAGCAGUAAACAGAACAUAAUGAUCUUCUACUUCUUGUUGAUCCUUUAAUCUAAUUACAUAAAAGGUGGUGCUGAAAUUUUUUGACAGUAUCACUGAAACUUGGUUUGACACUUUCAUUAUAUCUUUGUUUUACAAUGUUACACCAGUUAAUAUGUGAUUCUUUGAUAAAUUGCAUCUCAUAGUCUGGGUUACAGACAUUUACACAUUUGAAGUGAAAUUUUGGAAAUUGAAUAAUUGUCUUAAAUGCUAGUGGUGUUUUCAGUAUAGCAAUACAAACCAUAGGUUUCUUUCUGUGACAUCAGUUGUUAUGAUACAUGGAUAUAAGGGUCACAUUUCAGCAGAUUGUGGCUGUUGGUUGUGAUGUAAGCUCAUAUACUGAACGAACCUAAGGUUAGAUGUUUACUGAAAACUCCAAUUUUUCAAGAUAUAUGGAAGUGUUGGUAAACAAUAAUGUACCCUUUAAGUAAGCAUAGAUUGAAGAAGAAAAUAAAGGAAAAUAUCUCUGUGUAAAUAUUAAUUGGGACCAUCAAAAUUUUGAGACAAAUCAAGGAAAAAUGUGAAAUGUGCUUGUUUACAACCUGGACUUUCCUGUGUGCUUAUAUUUGUAUGUAGGGGCUGUUGUUGAUGUGUCUUAUUCAUAUAUGACAAAUAAACAGUUUUCUUUACUUUCCUUCCUCAGUAAUGUUAUCAUAAUCUUCUUCUUCUUCUUCUUUACUGCCAAAAUGUUGAUCAUUAUGCUGUUAAUUUACCUUUUAUUAGUAAAUUCAGCAAUUCUCUCAGUGCAUAUUUUCUUUACUUUUAAAAUUCAGAAAAUAUCACUCUUUAAAGGUUUUCCUACUGCAGUCAUGGAGGCUUCAUAAAUUUUCAUGGAACUCUUAUUAAACUGAUUUCUUACAUGAAACAAACAAUUUUUACUUGUUGUUGGUACUUGCACAUGAAGGAGCGAGAAGAAUCUUUAUUCUAAAUGUUGCAAUGGUGUUGUGAGAUAUGAAUAGAGAUUAUACUGAAAUAAGUUAAGCAUAUUGAUUUUCUACUACUAUUAUAUUGUGUAUACAGUUAAAAUUUGAGUCUUAUAUAUUCUUUAAGGGGACAUGUCCUAUGCUGCCAAUGUUAAAUUAUCGAAUUUUGUGACCCAUUAUCUUGGAAACUUUUAGACACCAACUUACAAUUUUCCAUAAUUAUUGAAUGCACCUUUCUAGAUACACUGAACUAGAAUUAUUACUAAAAUUGUAUUGUGGGGCAUAUUAUCUUCUUUUAUUUUCAAACACUCAAUUUUUUGACAGAAUUUUGCAAAUAACUGAACAUAAAAACAAAACAACUUAGGCUAUUUUAAUUAUUCUACUUCCAUAUGUGUUGAAUCUCACACUUGGAAUGCCGUGAAAAUUUCAUGUCUCUACCAUCAGUACUUUUUUAGAAAACGGGUCAUUUAUUGCAUAAAAUGUAGUUCAUAGACAUUGAGGUUUAAAACUUUUUUAAUUACUAAUUCUUAUACAGACUUACAUUUCUGCAUCUUUUAAGCACUAGAAUUGCCCUGGCCCACAGUCUGCAUCUUCUUCAGUGUUACAACAGCCCAGUGUUUGCCUCCUCCUUUUCUUUCUUGCUUUUUUUUAGUCAUUUGCUGAGCAGCUAACUCUGCUUCACGUACAUGAAACUCAUCCAGUUCCCGCAGUCCUUUAGCUAGCUGUGUUCUGUCCAAAUCUCAGCUCUAAUUUCUCCAGAACCGUAAGUUUUUCAUAGUUCCCACCAUUAAAAGUUAUUACAGCAUCAGACACUGCUAACUUUACAGUCAUAAGGCCAAAAAAUACAUUUUUUGGCACACUGCACCACACAACAUUACUGGGACUCAUUCACAGUCUGGGUCUUCCCAUGUAAACACUUUUUUAGUAGCUCAGGAUUUGCCAAAUAUCUGUAAACAGGUUUGAUUGCCUCCAUUACUGCCAAAGGAAGAGAAUGUUUAUGUGUAAAUUCAUGUAGGGUGCCAGAAAAUUCUGCUUGCCUAUAUUUACAUCAACUGUUUGGUGGAGGUGGACACAAAGCAUGACAUGACUUUUCACCAGCUGAUAUUCGAUGAAAGAAAGUGCUCCAUACAACUCAUUUCAUCUUCUCUAAAUUGUCACAAUUAUCUCUAAUGGCCUUUGCAUAAUAUUCCUGUAAUUCAUCAAUUACUUUGUCUGUUAGUCUUCCAGCACGUUUUAUUGUCUUGCUAUCUGACAGUUUUAUGUUACCCAGCUUGGUUUUUAGGUUUAUUCAUAAUGCCAACUUCUGAAAUGUAGCAGUAGGCACAAAACAAAGCAAUUCACAGCCUUUUAGACUGUGUAGUUCUCAAGAUAUGACAGCUCAACUGUGGCGGUAUAUGCAUAGCUGCGAAAUUUGACAGUCACAUGUGAUCAUUCAAAAUAUUAUUUGAAGGUCUCACAAUUGUCUGAUUUUAAUGUAUUAUAUACCAAAAUGUUCAGGAAGUCCAAAGUACAUUAUAGAGUAGAAAGCAGAAAAUGUCAAAUUUCAAUGAAUUUCAUGUACAAUUUCCCCUUAUAGAAGAAAAAUGCUUUAUGGAAGAAAGAACAACAAAGUUACAAGAACUUGUACUUUUAUAUGUGACAAACUUAACUGACAGUAUCUGUGAACUAUUACACAGUGUUUCAUAUACCAGCCAUUGCACUGCUUGAGUUUUGAGAAAAGACUGUGUAGAUAGUGCAAAUCUGAAAAUAGGAUUACACACAGUAUGUAGAGUAUUAGCAGUGCAAUGUUGUUGUUGCUAGUCUGUAGGUUGUUUUGAUACAGCUGUCCAUGCAAGUCAAUCCUGUGCUCCACUAUAUCUAACUCCAACUUAUUUAUUUAUCUUUUAAAGUUCUUUAACCUCCUUACAAUAUUAUGUGAUGUAUGAGUCAUUUCUCUGACUCAUGUUAUACAAUAAAGCAGUAUCACCCCAGUAAAUGUUACAGCUGUAGUUUCUCUUGCUUUCAGCUACACAACAGUGGUAACAUAGAAAGUCCAUCAUGGCUAAAGUUACAAGGUCAGAUCAGUCAAUUACCUAGCCUGUUCCCCUUGAAACUACUGCAGGGCUGCUCUUUACAAUUUAAUUAAUUCAUAACCCACAGCAGAUGUACAUUUUUACAAAAUGUUUGUGUGAUGUGGGUAUUAAAUUUUAUAUAAAAAAGUUAUUGUAGAGUUGAAAGUGAAUUUUGUAGAUAGGAAGGUCCAGUUUGAAAACUACAGUAUUGAAAUGAUGGUGGAUGAGGGUGUUUAUAUGUUAUUAAUUAAGGUUAUUGAAAUUUACUUAGUACAAAUUAACAGAACUGAAGAAUUGUGUUGUGAGACAUGAACUACUGCUUUCAUCCAUUUGUAACCUGGAAAAAUAUUGGUUGAAAAUCUCCUUCAGAGCAGAACUCAUUUGUGGAACAAAGGUUUUCGAAAUGAGAAGCAUUGUGACUCGCCUUGACAAACUGAAUGUUUACUUUUUUUAAUUUAUGAUUUUAGCAUUAAUUUUUGAUACUAUUUUUAAAAUAUAAAUGGUGUAGAUUGUACAAUUACAUGAACUGAAAUUUCAAACCCAAUGCCCGCCACCCACCUAUUCCACCCUGCCCCCCCCCCCCCUCUCUCUCUCUCUUGUGUGUGUGUGUGUGUGUGUGUGUGUCCAUAUAGGCAGUUUUGAAAGGCAUUAUUUUAGGUUCAAGGUAUGUUGAUACCAUGCUCUGUUUCACUGUCAAAAUGAGUGCAGUUCAUCAAAAAACACAGAAAUUAAUGUUAAUCGGGUAGUUGUGAUGACUAUCUGUCAUACUACAAGUAAUGUGUUGUUAUGCUAAAAGCAAUAGUCUUGUAGCAACAUUUAUAUUAUUAUUAUUGUCAUAGUGUAUAUUGUUAAUUUUUCACACCAUCAUUGUACUUUCAGAAUUGUAUCACUACACAGAUAUACAAAUAGGUAUUUAAUUUGUAAUUUUCUUUCUUUUUUUUACACUAUCUGUAAUAACAGAUUUCAUGUGGUAAUUGGAGAGGAGAUGGAAUUGAUCAGAGAAUUGUGAUAUAACCUUUUUAAAAUUUUAUUGGAAAGUGUGAUUUAAAGGUACAGAAUUUGUCAAAAUUAUAAUAUGUGAUUGAAGUUUCAUGGAUGCAGUUGCUUUGUAAAAAUUAUAUUCAGCUUAAACUUGUGUGCCACAAAAUCAUUUAGCAUCUGUCUGCAUUGAUAUGAAAUGAAACAAUAUGGGAGACAAUAUGUAUAGUACAAAGACAAGCUAGGUGAAUAAUAGUACAGUGAGAUUCAUUUUUGUGUUACUCAAGUAAUUGUGGGGUAGUUCUGAGGAGAGUUUAAUGGACAGUCACUAUUAUCGUAAACAUUUAUUGAAACAAUUUUUGUCCAGAGGAGGCGCAACUUCUACAUUUGAUUAUUUAUGUAGUACUGUAAAUAGCAUAGAGUCAUAUGAAAGUUAUUGUCAAGGUACAGAAGUUAUAUAAGCAUGAGAAAUUGUUAGACAAAUCAAAAAUUCAGUUAUAUCAGCCAGAAAGAAUAUUUAGAUUUUGGACACCUGACAGCUGGGGACUUGUUGAGACUGCUCUCCAGAAAUUCAUAAUUUACCAAGUGACAGUGUAUAGUGUGAUCUAAAGUUAACUUGUAUGCUGAAACAGUUUCGCAAGCAUUAAUAUGAAAAUUUACACAUAUUUCUUCAAGUGAUGUGUAUCUGAUUUGGUAAGUUUUUUGCUGAAAUUCUGAGAAAAAGCCUAUAUAUGGUUACAUAGAGACAUGGUAGAACAUUCUUGAAUCACAUAAGUGACUGCUUAUUUACCAAUCUGUCUUUGCUGAGUGUGAUGAUGAUAUGGUGAUGGUGGCGAUUAAGAGAAAAUGACAUGUAACAACAUGUAAUAUCUAUAAUAUUUGAAUUUAUGUAGUCAGAAUCAGUUAAUACAAAUAAUAUUUGUUUUAAAGAAAAUUUGGAUUUUAAAUAGUAUUAAAUGUAAUCCAAACAUAUUAAAUGCAGUAGUAUGUGUAAUUUGACCAGGAAUGAUAAUGAUGGUGAGAAUCUUCAAAGAAAUAGCAGAAUUUCAGUUAGAUUUUUUUAUUUGUAUUGUAUGACAUAUACUAUAUGAAUACUGAUAUUCAUGAAGAAAUUAUCAUUAUUUCUGCAGAAAGCAUGAGAAUUUGUAUUUAUGUGAAGUACUGAGUUAAUUUGUUAGGCUAUGAACUUAUUCUACUUCUUUAACUGUUUUUGAUGCCUAAUAAUAAUGUGCACAACAUUUUGCAUUAGGUUUCCUUCAGAUAAAUGGCAGUAACUUAAUUUUAUGUGCUUGGAAAUGUCCUCAGUCUGUAUCAGUUUUUGAAAGUGCUCAGAAUAUGUUUGCAAUAUGUUAACUGUUAUGAAGACUUUUUGCAUUAAUAUUUAUGUAUUGUUAAAGUUAUAUGUAAGAAUACAGUUAGCUCUGCCAGAUAUUGAUUUCAGUCUGUGUGUCAGUACAUUCUGUGACAUAUAAUUGAUUUGAAUUUGUGCAGAGACUGUUAUAGAUAACCAGAAUUGAGGGGUAACUAUUGUUACAGAUUUGUCAACUGAGAAUUUUUUUUGUGACAGCUAAAAAUAAUUUUCUUUUAGUGCCUGGUACUGUGAACAAUGUGUCUAUUUACAUUAUGAUGUUCCUACUUCCAUUUUCUAUGAAUACCAUAUAAACUUCUGGAUGAGUGAUAACAGAAAUGUGCAAUAGUCCACUCUUAUUAUGAAUAUCAAAUGGACAUUAACUGACUAGCAUAAUAUUACAGUUACAGGUUGUAACAAUGUGACAUAAAUGUUAGGAUACAUCAGUAGUUGCCAACUGGUGACUGAAAUUUUCAGUAUAAUAUACUGUGUGUAUAUAUCUGUAUAAUACUAUUUAACAGGCCUAUGGGCUGUCUUAGCAUGAAAAUGACAUUCAUUUGAGAUAGCUGAUAUUAAUGAUAUCACUUAUUGAUACUUACUGAAAUGCUUGUACUUAACAGUACAUGAUUUUCUGCAAAGUGCAAUCUAAGACAGUAUGUGUAAAGUUCUUUCAUUGCCUUUGUCUGUGUGCUUACAACUCUGUAAGUCCAUGAUUUUCAGUUUUAUAACAGGAUUUGAUUUUUAAUUUUUUUCACUGUUAGGGUAUUAAAUAUUGUUAAAAUUGUAUGAUAUAUUUUUAUAGGUCCUCCAUUUUCCUCAUUGAGGUAAAGCUUUAGAAAUAUAAUAUGACAUUACUUAACAUGUUUGUCUCAUGAAGUCAUGUAUCCCAAAUAAUGUAUUCUCAGAUAAUAAUUUUAAUUCACCAGAAAAAUGUACACAGUAUGAACAAACAUAUAGCAUUAAUUUAAUAAAUUAUAUAACAUUAUUUAUUCAGUACUAUAAAGGUCCUACUUAAGUGUUUCAUGCAGUAGGUUAUAUAUAAUUUAUUAUUUCCUUCUUCUGUUUCCCACUGAAGCACUAAACCAGUAUUUCACACACAGCUUAUAUGCAAAGUAUGCCAUGUUCAGUUUUCAUGAAUUCAAAUUUUAAGGAGUGCAUCAGUCUCAUUUAUUUAAAAAUUUUCUUUCCAAUUAUAAUAGUUUCUGAUUAUGUCUUGUAAUAUAUAUUAUUCUGUUUUUACCUCAUUUUCACAUCACUUGAAAAUGCUAAGCAUUCAUAGCCAAAGCUAAAGAUCUGCAUGUUGCAGUUCUUUUACAUAUUAUUACUGUUUGCUGAAUGUUUCAACAGUACCUUUCAAAAUAAAAACAACAGUUUACAAUUUA